AUGGACACAUUUGGAUUUGUGACUGAGAGAGACACUCAUGUUGUUUUUCUCUCUUUUGUUUCCUCUACAGCAAACUCUUCUCUGCUCGGCGGUGGAGGAGUGGAUGGCUGCAUACACAGAGCCGCGGGUCAUCUCCUGUAUGAUGAGUGCCACUCGUUAAAUGGCUGUGAGACUGGAAAAGCCAAAAUCACCUGCGGCUACGACCUUCCUGCUAAAUAUGUGAUCCAUACUGUCGGCCCAAUCGCCAGAGGAAAUGUGGGCCAGUUCCAAAGAGAUGACCUCGAAUCAUGCUACAAAUGCUCCCUCAAGCUGAUGAAGGACAAUACUUUGAGAUCUCAGGCCUUUCCAUGCAUAUCGACAGGAAUUUAUGGUUUUCCCAAUGAGCCGGCAGCAGAAAUCGCCCUGAAGACCGUGUGUGACUGGAUCCUAAGCAACCAAGAUGAGAUCGACCGUGUCAUAUUCUGCGUCUUUCUGGAGACAGAUUAUGAGAUUUACAAGAGGAAGAUGUCAGAUUUCUUCUCCCCAGAUAAUGACGACCAUAAGAAUGAAAAAGAUGGCAGUAUGGACCAAGAUGACACGCAGCCCGUGGGAGAAGAGGAAAAAAAUGAUGCUGCUGAUAAAAAAGUUGAAAAGCAGGAUGAAGAAAUGAUGAGCCAGCAAGAGGGAUCCCAUAAGGAUGUGACGAUGGAUAGCCAGGAGCCAGAAGGUGAGAGCCCUGAUGCUGAAUCCAAGGACGAGGAGAUCAAACCUCCUGAAAAGGGAGACCAUAUAGUGGAGGCGAGUCCAACAGCAAAGAAGAAAGUUCAACAGGAGAGCGAAAAAGAGAUGGAGAAGAAGGAAGGCAAGGGAGAAGACCCGCAAGUUGCAGGGGAAGAGAAAGGGGGUAGCCCAGAAAAGAAGAUGCAGACAGGCCAGCCUGAUGAAGCAGGAAAACAGAUGGAAGACUCAACAAAGAGUGACGACACCGGGGCGGACACCAGUCAGGAACCUGAGGUUCCUAUGGAGAUUCAGGAUGCUGAUCAAAGUGUCACAGCAGCCAAUGAGAGCAACCCCACCAGCAGCACUAAAGAUGAUGUGAAAGCCCAGGAUAAGAGCUCACCAGAGCCCGACGCAACUUCACCAGACACCAGACCAAAUUCCGAAGAUGGCCAAGGUGACAAGAAUGCACGGGAAUGAGACGACAAUCAGCCUCAUAGGAACGAGUGCCGGCAAACUGUGUGAAGGCAAACAUCACACCAAUUUUGUCCCACGCCAGGGAGUCGCCCACAAACACUGGGAAAAGUGUUGACCCCCACUUCAUUCACCAUCUUUCCUUCUAUUCAACCUGUAUUUCCUUUCCGCUUCCUCAUAUUGAAAAUAAAUCAGAUAUCUAGCUAUAUAAAAAGGAUCAAAUGAGAGUUUGAACAUAUCAGAGAGAUUGCAGGGAUUGUGGAGCUGGAGGAGGGCUGCUAUACCUCACUGACAUGCUGCUUGAUCAAUAGUUUUUUUUGUUGUUGUUGUUUUUUCUCAAUAUGGCAUCC